AAAGCACCUUUUGCCAUUAGUAUCGUUGAUGGACAUUGAGCAAUCAGCGAGGGUUUAUGGCGAACACCUUAAUUUCGUGAUCCAAUCCAUUUAGUUGGCGAGAACUUGUAAGAUUCACGGAUUCAAAUAAUUACAGAGAAGAAACUAAAAGAAAAAAAUUUUGCCGUGAGAGAUCAGAAUAUAAUUGGAUUGUAACUCUCGGAGAAAUUAUUUGCAUUAUCCAUCUUUGUUUUGGAUGCUAAGUUAAAUUUGUCUAGUUAUCGCUUAUAUUUCUCAAAUGGGAUUGUAAAUAUCAGCAAAAAACUCCAUCUCAUUGAAUUAGACUUUUACGGGUUGGCCUGGGUUGAGGAAGCGGUAGGUAGUCCGUACUUGGUUGGGUCCAUCCGUCUAUGAUUUAAUUCUGGGACUGAACUAGACGGAGAGUGAGAUCUGAAUCCAGUAUCAGGAAUACAGGUUUCUUUAUUCAUCAAUUAUCCUGCACAACAGAAACAUUAGGUGAGACGCAGAGGGACCACCGGAUCAGUGAAUGAUUUUGACACUUCCCCACCGGUCUUAUAACUAUCAAACCUGGAGCCCUCCCUGUGCAGUCCCACAUCCAUCAAACGACAUCGUUUACAGCCGCAAGUCUUCGUACAUCUCUCCUAUGAUAUCCUCUGAAAAGACCUUUUUCAGUUCAGAAAUGGCCGCGAAGGUUGGAUCGUUUGGGCAUAGUUUUGCAGAAUGGAGCAAGGAAAGACUGCUUUUAAGAAAAGGGUACUCGGACUUUGGCCUAAACAGCUCAGAUGGCGGUGAAGAAGAGGAAGCCAAAUGCUGCUGCUGUCAAUCACUUUCUGGUUGGAUCAUCAAUUUCUGGAAUGGGUUACAAGACGGUGCUGUCGAGUUAUAUAAGAUGGGUCAUACAGAUCCUAGAAAAGUGUUCUUCGCUAUCAAGAUGGGGCUUUCGCUUGCACUUGUUUCUUUAGUCAUUUUCUUUAAAGAACCUCCCAACAAUGUUAACCAGUACUCUAUUUGGGCAAUCCUCACUGUGGUCGUGGUUUUUGAGUUCAGUGUAGGCGCAACACUUAACAAAGGAUUCAAUCGUGCUUUGGGGACACUUUUUGCUGGUGGGCUCGCCCUUGGCAUUGCAGAGCUGUCUCUGUUGGCAGGAGAGUUUGAGGAAGUUUUUGUCAUAAUCAGUAUUUUCAUUGCAGGGUUUUCUGCAAGUUACAUAAAGCUGUACCCCACUAUGAAGUCCUAUGAAUAUGGAUUUCGGGUUUUCCUGUUGACAUACUGUAUAGUUAUGGUGUCUGGAACCUCCUCAACAUUUGUCGAAACAGCCUUUUAUAGAUUGUUACUUAUUGCAGUUGGUGCUGGGAUAGGCUUGCUUGUGAAUAUUUGUGUAUUUCCAAUAUGGGCAGGGGAGGAUCUGCAUAAAUUAGUGGUGAAAAAUUUCAAGGGUGUUGCUGCUUCUUUAGAAGGUUGCGUCAAUGGAUACCUGCAAUGCGUUGAAUAUGAGAGAGUCCCUUCAAAAAUUCUAACAUACCAAGCUUCUGAUGAUCCUCUGUAUAGUGGCUAUAGAUCAGCUGUACAAUCUAGCAGCCAAGAGGAAUCUCUGUUGGACUUUGCAAUAUGGGAGCCCCCUCAUGGUCCUUAUAGAUCAUUCAAAUAUCCUUGGGAAAACUAUGUAAAAGUAAGUGGAGCACUAAGGCAUUGUGCAUUUAUGGUCAUGGCAAUGCAUGGAUGCAUCCUUUCUGAAAUUCAGGCACCAGCAGAAAAGAGACAAGUUUUUGGCAGUGAGCUUCAGAGAGUUGGUAAUGAAGGAGCCAAAGUAUUGCGCGAGCUUGGAAACAAAGUUGAGAAAAUGGAAAAGUUAAGUCUGGAGGACAUACUGCUAGAAGUGCACGAAGCAGCAGAAGAGUUGCAAAUGAAGAUAGACCAAAAAUCCUACAUUCUGGUUAAAUCAGGAAGCUGGGCAGCAGAAAGACCGCUAAAAGAAUUCGAAGAUCCUGAUAACUUUAAUGAAGUAAAAGACAAUGAAAAUUGUGAUACUCAGAAUCCAAACAUCAGCUUCAAUCCUUCCAUGCCAGAAUGGAUAUCAGAGAGUAUGCCCAGGGGACCGGUAUCAUGGCCAUCUUUUACAGCGGGUUCAAUGCCUGCUGAACAGGAAUCAAGAGUAUAUGAGAGUGCGAGCUCUUUAUCUUUAGCAACAUUUUCAUCAUUGUUGAUAGAGUUUGUUGCCAGGCUUCAAAACCUGGUGGAAGCUUUCCAAGAGCUUAGUGAGAAAGCAAGUUUCAGUGAUGUUACAGACUCAUCAGAAGAAAAAAUGGAGGCUGGAUUUCGGACCAGACUAAGAAGGUGUUUUCAGUUUAAGAAAUAAGGUUUUGGAUAAAUUUGUUGAAGAUAUAUUUGAUUCUUUCAGUUUUUAGAUUGGGGAAUCCGUUCAUAGGUGACUAAUAUCUAAUUUGAUAAACUGCUUUCCGCUUGGUUCCGCUUGCCCUUCCAAUGCAGUAAAGAACCAGAAAUAUUGCAGCCAAAAAGGAUAUCUAAUUUUGAGGGUAGAGUCCAGACUUCAAGAGGGUAUUCUAUAGAUUUCUCUUAAUCCUAAUCAGUAGAGAUUGUUCAAUACUUCCAAAGUAGAAAUCUUUUGCUUAUACUAAAAUUAAUUUAUGAUGUUCUCACAA